GGGAGGGGAGCAGGAGGUGUCGCGAGAGUUGGCCUCCGCCUCGUAGGUGGUGUAACUAUGGCGAGUCCGGGGGUCGACACUGAGCAGGAGCCGCUCUUAGGCGACCGCACACCCGGAAGCAGAGAAUGGGAUAUUAUAGAAACUGAAGAGCAUUAUAAGAGCCGAUGGAUAUCUAUUAGGAUUCUGUAUCUUACUAUGUUUUUCAGCAGUGUAGGAUUUUCUAUUGUGAUAAUGUCAAUAUGGCCAUAUCUCCAAAAGAUUGAUCAGACAGCUGAUGCAAGUUUUUUGGGCUGGGUUAUUGCUUCAUUUAGUCUUGGCCAAAUGGUAGCUUCACCUGUAUUUGGUUUGUGGUCUAAUUAUAGACCAAGAAAAGAACCUCUUAUUGUCUCCAUCUUCAUUUCGGUCGUGGCUAACUGCCUCUAUGCAUAUAUCCACGUUCCAGCUUCUCAUAAUAAAUACUACAUGUUGGUUGCUCGUGGAUUGGUGGGAUUUGGAGCAGGAAAUGUAGCAGUUGUUAGAUCAUACAUUGCUGGUGCUACUUCCCUUCAGGAAAGAAUAAGUUCCAUGGCAAACACAAGUGCAUGUCAAGCAUUAGGCUUUAUUCUAGGUCCAGUUUUUCAGACUUGUUUUGCGCUCAUUGGAGAAAAGGGUGUGACAUGGGAUGCCAUUAAGCUGCAUAAUAUGUACACAGCACCAGUUUUACUUGGCGCAUUCCUGGGAGUUUUAAAUAUUAUUCUGAUCCUUACUCUAUUAAGAGAACAUCGUGUGGAUGACUCAGGACGACAGUGUAAAAAUGUUAAUUUUGAAGAAGCAAGUACAGAUGAAGUUCAGUUUCCCCAAGGAAAUAUUGAUCAAGUUGCUGUUUUGGCCACCAAUGUUCUGUUUUUUGUGGUUCUAUUUAUCUUUGCCCUUUUUGAAACCAUCGUUACUCCAUUAACAAUGGAUAUGUAUGCCUGGACUCGAGAACAAGCUGUUUAUGAUGGAAUAAUACUUGCUGCUCUUGGAGUUGAGGCAAUUCUUAUUUUCAUGGGGGUUAAAUUACUUUCCAAGAAGAUUGGUGAGCGUGCUAUUCUACUGGGAGGACUCAUCAUUGUAUGGGUUGGCUUCUUUAUCUUGUUACCUUGGGGAAAUCAGUUUCCCAAAAUACAGUGGGAAGAGUUACAUAAUAAUUCAAUCCCUAAUACCACAUUUGGGGAAAUUAUUAUUACUCUUUGGAAGUCUCCAAGAGAAGAUCGCAACGAAGGACCCACUGGUUGCCCAAUUGAACAAGCCUGGUGCUUCUACACUCCCAUGAUCCAUCUGGCUCAGUUCCUCACAACAGCUAUACUAAUUGGAGUAGGCUAUCCAUCCUGCAAUGUUACGUCCUAUACGUUGUAUUCAAAAAUUCUGGGACCAAAACCUCAGGGUGUGUACAUGGGCUGGUUAACAGCUUCUGGAAGUGCAGCACGGAUUCUUGGACCCGUGUUCAUCAGCCAAGUGUACACUUCCUGGGGUCCACGAUGGGCAUUCAGCCUUGUGUGUGGAAUAGUGGUGCUUACCAUCAUGCUCCUGGGUGUGGUUUACAGAAGACUUGUUCCUUUUUCUGUAAGGCAUGGAAGGAUUCAAGAAUAACCUAACUAACUCUAUGAUGGAAAGUACUUAUAUGGGGUUUCUUCUUCCAGGGCUCUGUAAGACAGUUGCUAUGAGUCAAUUUCCAAAAGUCAGGCUGCAAAUAUUAUGUAUUUUGAAUAACAAGAACAUAUAUUGAUUAAUAUAGGGAAUUCUACAUGUAAAUACGAACAGUAAUAUAAUAUAAAAACACUCUGGUUCAUAAUUUCUGUAUUUCAAAAAGUAUUCUUCAUAUAACACCUCUUUAGCGGUUACAUGAACUCAUGAGUGGACAGUGGUUUAUAAAUAUGAAGUUAUGCUCUUAAUUCAAACUGCAGAGGUGUCAUUAAAAUAAUGAGAAAGUAUUUAUGCAGGGAACCCAUAAGGAGAGUUCUUUAUGAAUUACCAAUAACAAAAAAAAAAAUGAAAUUAUAGAAAUUAUCUACCUAAAUAGAGGUACCUAUGUUUGAAGAUACCUACUUUUUAUUUAUUUAAAAAAUGCAGCUUCUAUUAUCGAAUUUCCUUAUGAAAUAAAAAUCAUGACUCUUAACUUUUCCAUUUAACCAUGCCUACCAUCCUACUUACCUUCUAUAACGGCAUU